CAGUCUAUUGUGGAAUGGCUAAGUGUUUUACUAACAUAUUUCUUCACCUGUUGUUUUUUAGUUGAUGAUAUCGGAACACCUUUUUGCCGGAUACGUAUACAUAUUGUUCAACAUAAUACGUGAAUUAAAGUCCGAUGAUGAAUUGUUCGAAUUCAGUGGAUACUUCAUCUCUAGUGGUGCAAAAGUCCGUAAAUGACUUGAGGGAGUAUAAAGUGGUGAUUUUAUGCAACAGAAUGAAAGUGCUUCUUAUAAGUGACCCGGAAACAGACAAAUCUGCAGUCUGUCUGUCUGUGAACAUUGGUUCGUUGUCGGACCCGAAGGAACUACCUGGUCUCGCACACUUUUGUGAGCAUAUGUUGUUUCUUGGUACAGAAUCCUUCCCAACAGAGAAUACAUAUGCGAAAUACAUAAGCAGUCAUGGUGGUCACUGUAAUGCUUUCACGAGUCCGGACAAAACGUCUUAUGUGUUUGAUGUUGCACCGGAGAAUUUGAGAGGAGCUCUGGAUAUUUUCUCUCAGUUUUUCGUGUGUCCUCUUUUCACGGAUUCUGCAACAGAACGUGAGGUGAGUGCUGUACAGUCGGAACAUGAAAAGGAUAUUAGCAAUGAUACUAGACGUCUUUUUCAACUUGAACGAACCCUGUCAAAAAGUGGUCAUGAUUAUGCGAAAUUCUUCUCCGGCAAUCGCUACUCCUUAUUUGAGUCCAGUUGUGCACGGUCAGUGAAUACACGUGAACAGUUGUUACAAUUCCACUCAACAUGGUAUUCGUCAAAUAUUAUGGGACUGGUCAUUCUUGGAAAAGAAUCUAUAGACGAUUUACAGAAGCUUGCAGAAGAUAAUUUUUCUCAGGUUAUGGAUCGUAAUGUUGUUCGACCAUCAUGGUAUGACACUCCAUGGCCUGAUAUCUGUCUCAAGAAAAUGGUUUAUGUCGUCCCACUGAACGAUAUUCAUCAAAUGAAUAUUAUGUGGCCCAUUCCUGACUAUAUUCCGAAUUAUAGAGCACAAGCUCCUAGUUAUGUAACUCACUUGCUUGGUCACGAAAGUCAUGGAAGUUUACUGAGUUUAUUUAAAAAAUUAGGUUGGGCUAAUCGAUUAGUAUGUGGAGUUGGUAGAAUAGCAGAAGGAAUUUGUUCCCUAUCCUUGUCCAUUGAGCUGACAUUGAAAGGACUUGAGAACACGAAUGAAAUUAUAACAAAUGUCUAUCAGUACAUUAAUAUGCUUCGUUCUGAUGAACCACAAAAGUGGAUAUUUGAUGAAGAACAGGCUUUAUGUCAACUAAACUUUCGAUUUAAAGACAAAGAACCACCUUACGAUUAUGUGGCUGGAUUAGCCAGUAAUCUGUUGCUUUACGGACUUCAAGAUGUUUUGACGGGUCCAUUUUUGGCAGCUACCUACGAUCCUGAUUUAAUUAAAAAAAUUUUAAAUUGUUUAACACCUGAUAAUUGUCGCAUCUUUCUGGUCAGUAAAACUUAUACAGACAAGUGUGUGGAAGAAGAACCCUGGUAUCACACUAAAUACCUUGCUAAUAAUAUUCCUGAAAACACCUUGUCAGCAUGGCGAACUUGUUCUACUAAUCCAGAAUUAAAAUUUCCAGAGCCAAAUCCAUUCAUUGCUACUGAAUUUGAUUUAAUACAAAACAAGUGCCCCACAAAUGCUGAUAUGCCGGAAUUAUUAAUUGAAACAGAGAUGUCUCGAAUUUGGUACUUUCAAGAUACUGAAUUCAAUCUUCCCAAAGGUUUUAUCACAUUUCAUAUUGUUAGUCCACUAGCUGUCUUUGAUCCUUUUCAUACAUCGCUUUGUGUAAUUUACGCAAACUUAUUUGAAGAUCAUAUCAAUGAACUAACGUAUUCCUCCAUGCUUGCUGGGAUGAAUGUUCAUGUGAAACGUACUUCUGAAGGUAUCAAACUAUCAUUUUUAGGAUAUUCACAUAAAUUAAAAAGUUUUGUCAAAGAAAUUGUAUUGCAAUUUGUAAAUUAUUAUCAACCAAUAACUGAUCGUUUCAAAUGUAUCCAUGAAGGUUUGUGUCGAGAUGUUUCGAAUUUUGCAAUGAAACCACCUUAUCAACAGUCUAGUGCAUAUUUAACAAAUCUUAUUUUAGAACAUUCAUGGAUUAAUGAUGAAUUUGUUCGAGCUUUUAAAGACAUUACCUACGAAAGGCUGGUUAGGUUCAUCAAGGAGUUUCAUGAACGCAUUUUUAUCGAAGGCUUUAUCUAUGGGAAUAUCACUCAAGAGGAUGCAGUAAGUUAUCAAGAGAUGAUUCGAGAUUUGUUGAUGCAGAAGAUGAAUUCUCAACCACUUUCAUUGUCUCACAUCUUCACUUCUCGAGAAGUUAUAAUUCCUGAAGAUCGCAGUUAUCUUUAUCAACGAUGUAUUUCUGGUCAACCAGCUUCUGCAAUUUACUAUUACCUUCAGUGUGACGAGCAAUCAACACUUAAUGAUACAUUACUUAAUUUGUUUUAUCAGAUUGUUAGCGAACCUGUUUUCAAUAAAUUACGUACAGAACAACAAUUAGGUUAUAUUGUACAGGCUGGAAUCCGACGAUCCAAUAAACUACAAGGUUUUCGUAUUUUAGUACAAUCAACUUAUCAUCCUGAUAAGAUUGAGAAAUCAAUCGAAGAAUUUCUACUCAAUGUAAAUAAAUUGUUAGAAGAUAUGUCUGACGAGGAAUUCAAUGUUCAUGUACAAUCUCUUUUGACACAUUUAUUAGAAAAGCCUAGAGGUAUGCAAGAUCGAUUUGAACGUUUAUGGUCUGAAAUUGCAUGUCGACAUUAUAAUUUCAAACGACAUUUGCAUGAGGCUGACAUUCUGAAAUCGCUUAAAAAGAAUGAUGUGAUCGAUUUCUUUAAAAAGUACAUUGAUCCAUCAUCAUGUACAAGGCGAAAAUUAACAGUUCAUGUAUUAUCAAACGAAAAGCAUAUCUGUGAUGCAGAAUCCAAUAAUCAAGAUGGAAAGAUAAUCAUUUUGAAGGACUAUACUGAAUUGAAACGUUUCUGUCCGUUGAGUGCUUUAGCGAGUCCAUUCAUGAUGUUCAUAUCCAAAUGUGAAGGGAACGUAUUACGGUUUUAAUUCGGUUUUAUGAAUUGUAUAUGUAGACAUAUUCAAUAUAAGUGUCAUUUGAUGAUCGUCAAAACGUGUCAUUUUCAAGGUUUCAUAUCUUUCAUUUUAUACUUUACUUUUCUUUUUGGAGAAAUUGUGAAUUUAACUAGCCGUUAAACAUGUUUAAUUAGGUUUGAUCCUUCAACUACUUAUAUUCGCAAUUAUUUUUGUUUAACUGCUAGGUUAUAACUUUUGCUUGUGGUUUAGUCUUGUCCUACAAAAAUCUCUUUAUAUAUUUCAGUGUUUUUUCGUUUUAAAAAUAUAUUAAAAUUUCCUUAGUUAUUUUCAAGCCUUUAUUUAUUUUUUUGGAUUUGACAUCUUCUUCUACUUUUAUUGUUUAAUUACUCAGCAGCUAGACCUACUACUUAUCUUUUUUUAUUUUAAAUACGGUUGGUAUAUAUGUCUAUUGAUAAAUUAUUACAAAUUAUUGAUUGUAUAAACAUGAGAUGCCAACA